CAACAUUCCCAAAACCUGCAUUACCUGUCCCCAUCGACCUGUUCCACGAAGGCACCACAGAGAUCUGUGUAUUUAGCCGAAGCUUAUUCGACGACUCGAUCCAACUUGGCAGUCUCAGCAGACAAGCGGAAUGACCUUUUUACAGACACAUGUCUAGGUUCCGAGGGCACGUUGCUGCCUUCAAUAGCUGCAUCGGUCUCAGCAUGCGCCUAUCCUCAAGGAGAUAUACCAAAGCUGGUGACCACUCUAGACCCUACCUCGACCAUAGACUACAUUCCUUCAUCUGGCAACGUCCUCCAUUCCAGUUCUUUCUUUCCACCUUCCUCUUCAGCAGUCGACACAUCUGUCUUGCAAGAUACACUUCUCUCGCCGACACUGCAAUCUUCACGACGGCUUCCCUCAGUUAGUCUAAAUUCGCCUCCACCCCUUCGAUCACCUCCACCAUUGCCACUACAACAUCUCCCCACUAUAAACCAUGUAUCAAUAUUAUCUUCUACUCAAUCUCAGAUAGUCAAUACUUCCAAAUCAUAUCAAGGAAUAAGCCAAGCAGCAUUAUCGCCGCCAAUACCUUCGCCUGGGAUUAAGUUGUCAGCUCAGCAGCAUUGCCACUCAACUAGCUGUUCCACGUCUAGGCAUGAAUCAAUCUCUAACGGAGCCUUAUUAUCGUCACCGUCUCUUGGUUUGUCUAUUUCGAGUCUGGUACCAUGUAAUUGUGCUGAUCCAACUCAGCCUCCUGGUCCACUAGCAACUGACUACGAUACCUUGUCUGGUCAUGGGAAUACGCAGAGCAUCAUCCAUCACCUGACAACAUCUAGUCGGCCCAACUCGGCUGCUGGGCAGUCCACACUUUUACUGUCAACAUCAAUCGGGUCCUCUUCUCAUCGAAAUGUACUCCCUCAUAUUCCAGGACCGCUAGCAAUUGACCGAGUACAGACUCCAGCCUCAAGCAUUGAGUCAGCUCCUGGAGACUCUGUACCCCUUCCUGGCUUCACUAGUCCUGAGUCUGCUUUUUACCAAUACCAGAAUAAGAUGGAGGGCCAGAUGUGCCAGGUCUGCGGUGAAUUGGCAGCCGGAUUUCAUCACGGUGCCUACGUUUGUGAAGCUUGCAAGCCCAUUAGCCUCUUUUCCUAG